CCCUGAGCCUCAGCUCAAACGCUAAUUCCCCUGGAAAGUCUGCUCAAGUGCUCAAGCGCUCAAGUGCCAGCCAUGCUCGAAGCCGCGGACUCCCUGGCAGCUGCCUUCUGGGCAGCUCUCCAUCUCCGGACUCUGCUGCUAGCUGCUGUCACCUUCCUUUUUCUGGCUGACUACCUCAAAAGCCGGCGCCCCAAGAACUACCCGCCAAGGCCGCCGCGCUUGCCCUUUGUGGGCAACUCGUUCCAGAUGGACUUGACGCAGUCGCAUCUGGCAGUUCAGAAGUUUGUGAAGAAGUAUGGGAAUGUUAUCAGUCUUGAUUUCGGAAUCAAGUCUGCAGUCAUUAUAAGCAGCCUGCCUUUAAUCAAAGAAGCCUUUUCUCACCUGGAUGAAAACUUUAUAAAUCGCCGUAUAUUUCCUCUACAAAGACAGAUCUUUAAUGGAAAUGGAUUGAUCUUCUCCAGUGGCCAGACAUGGAAGGAACAAAGGAGGUUUGCCCUGAUGACACUGAGGAACUUUGGACUGGGAAAGAAGAGCUUAGAGCAUCGAAUUCAGGAGGAGGCCUCCCACCUGGUGGAGGCUAUAGGGGAAGAGGAAGGACAGCCUUUUGAUCCUCACUUCAAGAUCUACAGUGCAGUUUCCAAUAUCAUUUGCUCCAUCACCUUUGGGGAACGGUUUGAGUACCAUGACAGUCAGUUUCAGGAGCUGCUGCAGUUACUGGAUAAAGCCAUGUACUUGGGUACCACCUCCCUAAUGGUCCAUCUCUACAACAUCUUCCCAUGGAUAACAAAACAUCUCCCAGGACAACACCAAACAUUGUUGGCUACCUGGAGAAAACUGAAAUCAUAUAUUGCUGAUAUAAUUGACAAUCACCGCAAAGACUGGAACCCUGAUGAGCCAAGAGACUUCAUUGAUGCUUUUCUCAAUGAAAUGGCAAAGUACCCAGGCAAGACUACUACAAGUUUCAAUGAAGAAAACCUUAUCUGCAGCACUCUGGACCUCUUCCUUGCUGGAACAGAGACAACAUCCUCAACACUACGAUGGGCUCUGCUCUACAUGGCCCUAUACCCAGAAGUCCAAGAAAAUGUACAGGCUGAAAUUGACCGAGUGAUUGGCCAGUCGAAGCAUCCCAGCCUGGCUGACAGAGACUCCAUGCCCUACACCAAUGCUGUUGUCCAUGAAAUUCUGAGAAUGGGCAAUAGUGUCCCUCUGAAUAUUCCCAGGGAAGUGGCAGUUGACACUACACUGGCUGGAUUUCACUUGCCAAAGCGGUCUGUGGUCAUGACCAAUUUGACUGCACUGCAUAUGGACCCUAAAGAAUGGGCCACCCCAGACAUCUUCAAUCCAGAGCACUUUUUGGAGAAUGGACAGUUUAAGAAGAGAGAAUCUUUUCUGCCAUUUUCAAUGGGAAAGCGAGCUUGCCUCGGAGAACAAUUGGCCAGGUCUGAGCUCUUUAUUUUCUUCACUGCCCUUGUGCAAAAAUUUACCUUCAAGCCACCAGCCAAUGAGAACCUGAGUCUGAAGUUCAGAUUAGGCAUCACCAUUUCCCCAGUCAGCUACCGCAUCGGUGCUGUCCCUAGACAAUGAUGCUGGAGAAGAAAAGGAGAGCAGAAAGAAGUGAAGAAUGCACUGAGUCACUGAGCCACUGCCCAUAUAUGGAGGGCAAGAAGGAAGGUGACGGGGAAAGUUGGAAGGAAUUAGACUAAGGUCAGUGGACCUAUAUUCUGGACUGCUGAGACCUCCAAAUUGGUUGUGGAUAAAUCACUUACAUGCUCAAUGAUAAAUCUUUUCAUCUACAACUGCAAAGAGAACUGUGGUUCCUCCUUGUAAAAAGUGCUUGUAAGCAGGAAAUGAUGGUAUACCAACCGCAUAGAAAUCACUGUUAUAUCAUAGAAUUAUACCUUCAGUGUGCUUCCUGCCUACUUCAUAAACGUGCACUUGCUUCUAGAUAUUAAGUUGGUUCAUUUGAGACUGAUACAGAGAUCUUUCCUCUAUCUCACAGCCCAUGGAAGCCUGCUGAGCACAGAACCUACCCCCAGUGACACAUUUCCUUCAAUAAGCCCAUAGUUACUUCAACAAAGUCUGAUAAUCAACUCUGUCUGGAAGGUUGUGAUAUGCAGUCAUUUUCCUGGCCAUAAGUGGAGUCUGCAAAACAAAAGAGAGCAUAUGGCACUUUUUAAAAUUAAAGGGGUUCGUGCCCAAGAUGAGACCAAAAUUUACUUGUGCAAAAAGCAUGCUUCUGUAUGCUUUUCACAAAGUGAAAAAAAAAUUCUUGGUAUGAUUUUAAUAGACUUAUGUGCCCCCUAUAUACAAGUUUACUCCAAUAACUUUAUAGGAUGGAUUUCUUUCUAAAAUCCAGAAUAAGUCACUUAUCAGUUAUUGAUUCAUGAGUGGUGACAGAAAGCUUAGUUCAUAGUUCCAUCUGAUGGAAUGAAUAAAAUUCAGAACUGAGAAAUCUUCCUAUCUUCAGACUCCAUAAGAACACAAAACAAGGUUUUUCUAGCCUCAGUCUGUCUGCCAUAUGGCAUUACUUGAAACAUCUAUGUCUAUUCGUCCCAACUAGACAGGGCACAAUAGACCACACAAAAUCCAGCUUGGUGAGCCAGGAAUUUUAUUGGGGCUAUGAGAAGAACAUAGGUGAUUCCAAAGACACUGGAGCCAAAAAGUUCCCUGCUUAAUUUACAGGCAGCAUCUGUACAACUGAAGAGUCUCUUCCCCAUUCCCAAUCCCAGCAACUGUUCACUCUUCGUGUAACCUGAGAAGCUGGUGAACUGCCACGAACCAGGCCCAGUCGGCCCCCCUCAAUCCGUGGGAGUCAGGGGUUCUGACAGAUGGGCGUAGAGUUGGCGGGAAUUGGGGUAACAAACAGACUGGACCCAAGGAAGUGUGCUGGAUCUGAAUGUACUUUGUCAAAUCAAGCAUCAAACUUUUUAUACAGAAGAAAAUAGGGAAGUUAGGUGACACGUCAGCAAGGUACAAUGAGGUUACCUGAAGCUUACAUAAAACAGAGGAAUCCAAACACAGAAGGACUGGCAGGAACCAACUGGGAUAAAAUUCAGUGUUAACAACUGGGAAUCAAAAGCAGCUCCACCUAAGGUCCACUUAAUCUUAGAAGUCAGGGGCAAGGGCUGCAUGCCCUUGCCAUAGUUCCCAUUCUAGUCUAUUGUAUAGUCCACCUCCCCCUUAGGCCAUAGUAAAUACUUGUGUAUGGCCUAUCUGGAGUUCUAAGUUUCUACUUUGGUUCCUCCUUAUAUCACAAACUUCCUUCUUCCUAGGUAAUGGUAAAUUCCUGUGUAGGGCAGUGACUUAGUUAUCCAUGCCUAGGGUCAGAUCAAGGACUGCCUAAGAAUCUAACUUAGCUAUAUGUCAAAAAAUCAAUCCUUAGGAACACUUAUAACAAAGCAAUAUUAAGGGAAAGAACACAGAUCCGUUUACUAACUAAAGCAAGGACAUUGAAGCAUUCGUUGUACAGGAUGCCACACUUCCAGGAGACUACGUUUCCGUGAACUUUUUGCCUCGGAACAGCGCCCAGGUUUUGGGGCUGUCGCGCUUGUCACUACUGGAGUGGAUGUAGCAGUGAGCCUUCUCACUUCCUUGAGGCAACGUUAAUCUCUCUCCCAUAGUAAUCAUUGCUAUGAUGAAACACCAUGACCCUUUGGAGUAAGAACCUUUGGCUGCUUAGUCACGAGAUGCUGAAAACAUUUUAGGAAGGAUUAGGAAGUAUGACUUUGUUAAAUUAACUAUGGCCUUAUUGGAGAAAAUGUGUCACUGGGGGUGGGUUUUUCAACCUCAAAGCCAUGUCUAGUGUUUUUAUCUUUCUCUGCCUGUGGAUCAGGAGGCUAAACUCUCAGACACUCCUCUAGUACCAUGUGUUCUGGCUUGCUACCAAACUUCCCACCAUGAUGAUAAUAAACUAACUCUCAGAAACUGUAAGAAAAGCCCCAAUUAAAUGCUUUCCUUUCUAAGAGAUAUCUUGGUCUUAGUAUCUCUUCAUUGCAAGAAAACUCUAAGACAAGUAGGAAAACCACUAAGACUGUGUUCCAAGUCAAAGUCUAUUGAAGGAAGCCAAGGCAGGAACUGAAAGUAGACAGGAACUCAUAGCCAAGAGCUGAUACAAAGGCUAUGGAGCAUUGUGAUUUACUAGCUUGCUCCUUAUGACUUGCUCAGCCAUCUUCCUCAUGAAACCAGGACUACCAGCACAGGGCUAACACUAGCCAUAAUAGGAUGGCCCUCCCUCAUCAAUUACUAAUUAGAAAGAGCAUUAUCUUGCCUACAGACUGAUCUUAGGAAGGCAUUUUCUCAAUUGUGAUUCCCUCCUCUCAGAUGAUUUUGGCUUGUGUCAUUGAUAUAAAAGCCAACACAAUAAAUAACAAACAC